UGGAGUCUCCCCCUAUGUGGCUGCUGAUCUGCUUGGGUAUGUCCUGAGAGAAGAGUGCGAGUCCCAAACACGCAGCGCCCAGCAGGGGGACUGGAAGCGCUGCCCAUGGCGGUACGGCACCCAGCGGAGGGAGUACAGCGCCGGGUACCGACAUGGAAUAUGACAUUUGACACGUUAGUAUCCGGAGCCCAGCGGGAGCCGCGCAGAUUCGCGCUGGAGUUUCCAGUGGGUCAGUCCGCUGGCGGGAUCGGCAGCAGCGCCCGCAAUCUGCUAGGAGCAGCGGGCUGAGAAUCCGCCUCACGAGGAAGCACCACAGGGGUUAAAUCUCACGCACUUAACCCGCAGCAAAGCUUCACCUGCCUGCCCGCGAUGGACGGGCUGGGGCCGGAGAAAAAGCCCUUGGUGAGCCCGGGACAAAUAUACGCUCUGCUCGGAGUAAACAAAGCUGCAAUAAUUAACCCAGGACUACAAGAGGAGGAAGCGAUGCCUGCUGCUCAAAGCGAGGAGCCCCAGCGGACCAUGCACAGGGGGCUAGAGCUGCAGCAGCCCGUCCGCCCGGGCAGCCGUAACGCCCAGGGAGAGCAAAACGGCCAGCGGGAGCUGCGGGACUGUAUGGAGGGGUUAUGCGUGCGGGAGGAGCUGCGGGAUCGCACGCAGCGGCUGCACCCGGAGGAGUUUGGCCAUAGAUCGCAGGCCAGAGUUCGCCUUACCGAUACCAGAUACCCCCAGACGCUGCCCACCGAGGAGUCUCCCCGCAGGAGGGCGCGCUCGCUCCCAGAGACCUCCAUCCCCGAAGCGGGUGAGGAGGAAGAUGAGGCUUCGCUCGUGUGUUGCUGUAAAUUGAAGAAGAGGGUGCAGUUCGCGGAUUCGCUGGGGCUCACCCUGGCCAGCGUCAAACACUUCCUCUCCUCCGAUGAGCCGAUGGUGCCCCCUGCCGUGCUGGCCAGGCUUCAGAGUUACCCCCCGUCGGCGUGUGAGCAGGAAGAGGAUCCGGCGUCCAGCCUGCCGCUGCCGGAGGAGCUCCCGGGCAGGCUGGGGGCGCAGAGGCUGUGCUUGGAGCAAGUGUCCGCCUCCAUCUGGGGGGUCCGUGGCUCCGUGCUGGUCCAGGAUCCCGAGGAUGGGGGGCGGGUAAAAAUCCGCUAUACCUUCAACGAGUGGCUGUCUUACCUGGACUGCCCGGCAUCUGCCCCCGCGGGCCCGCUGCCUGCCAUGCAGCGAUUCCUCUUCACUCUCUGCUACCCUCCCACGACUGCACGGAUCCACUUUGCGAUCUGCUACACCGACGGCCACGGGCAGGAAACAUGGGACAAUAACCAGGGCAGUAACUACACCGUGACCUGCCAGCGAGAGCUCGCCCCCGGCAUCCAGAAUUGUGAUACCGAGCUGGACGCUUGGGAGAGCACGCAGCACUGGUAGUGCAAGAAUCCCGGGGCUCAUCCGCUUCGUGGAGACUU